AUGUGGAUAAUUCUGCAUAUUUGCCUGCUCCUGUUAUCUAACUAUAUCUCUUUAUCUAUGAUGGCCAGUUCAGACUCCUGUCAGAUUCUGAGACGCUUCAAGUUGAACGGGAUGUACAAGGAUGGAGACUUUAUCAUAGGUGGUCUGUUUGAGGUUCAAUACCUCAAAGCAUUCCCAGUGCUGAGCUUCACAACUGAGCCAGAACUACCACAGUGUGAGCAAUUUUUUAUGACAAGCUUUCAGCAGGCACAGACUAUGGUUUUUGCCAUAAAUGAGAUCAAUAAUAAUCGCAACCUGCUGCCUAACAUCAAGCUUGGUUACCAAAUCUAUGAUAACUGUUUACGACUUGGAGUGGCAUUUCGUGCUGCCACAGCUUUGAUAAGUGGGGCAAAUGAGCCACUUUCUCAUCUAAACUGUAUUGGACCACCACCAGUGAUUGGGAUUAUUGGGGACCCAGGUUCCACUCAUUCUAUAGCAAUCUCCAGUGUACUGGGGUUAUUCAGAGUGCCUAUGGUUAGCUAUUAUGCCACCUGCUCCUGUUUGAGUAACAGGAAGAAAUAUCCCUCCUUCUUCAGAACUAUCCCCAGUGAUGCCUUCCAGGUCCGAGCUAUGAUUCAGAUCUUGAGACAUUUUGGAUGGACCUGGAUUGGUCUUCUGUAUAGUGACGAUGACUAUGGUAAAUAUGCCGCUCAAUCCUUUCAUCAGGAUGUUCAGCUGUUUGGAGGAUGUGUGGCUUUCUCUGAGAUACUACCUACUGAUAACAACCCCAAGGAAAUACAACGCAUAAUACAUGUUAUGCAGGACUCCACAGCAAAGGUUGUGGUUGUGUUUUCCACUUCAAGCUAUUUAUUGCCCCUUGUGGAUGAGAUGCUGUUGCAAAACGUCACAGGCAUGCAAUGGAUUGCAAGUGAGGCUUGGGCCACUUCACCUGUGCUUCUUGCUGCACGGCUUAAAACUGUCCUCGGGGGCACACUGGGUAUUGCCAUCCGACGUGGAGAGAUUCAGGGACUGGGUGAUUUUCUACUACACCUUCGCCCUGACAACAAUUCACAGAAUAAUAUGGUCAGAAUCUUUUGGGAACACAUGUUUGGGUGCAGAUUUGAGGCUGGAGACAGUACAGCAAAAAACAUUUGUACAGGGCAAGAGGAUCUGAGCAACACAAACACAGCAUACAGUGAUGUAUCAGAGCUGAGGGCCUCAUAUAAUGUGUAUAAAGCAGUUUAUGCCCUGGCACAUGCACUUCAUGAUCUGAUGCAGUGUGAGGAGGGGAGAGGACCAUUCAGUGACAACACCUGUGCUGACAUAACAAACCUGCAGCCUUGGCAGGUGGUCUAUUACUUACAGAAGGUAAACUUCACCACAGGUUUUGGGGAUCAUGUGUCAUUUGAUAAGAAUGGAGAUGCUCUGGCCAUCUAUGAUGUGAUGAACUGGCAGCCGAGCGCUGAUGGGUCAAUCAUUGUCCGCACAGUCGGUGUGGUGGAUGAAGGGGCUGCAACAGGAAAAGUGCUCAAAAUGGACGAAGAUGCAUUAUACUGGAACUUUGAGACAAGAAAACCUCCACGGUCUGUGUGUAGUGAGAGCUGCCCACCAGGCACCAGACGAGCCAGGAGGAAAGGCCUUCCUGUCUGCUGUUUUGACUGCCUGCCAUGUGGAGAUGGAGAGAUUUCUAAUACAACAGAUUUAACUGAAUGUGUAGCAUGUCCAGAGGACUUCUGGUCGAACCCAAAUAAUGAUCGCUGUAUCCCUAAAGAAGUGGAGUUUCUGUCAUAUGAGGAACCUCUGGGCAUCUCCCUGACCACUGCUUCUCUGCUCGGCACCUGCUUCUGUGCUGUUGUCACCAUCGUUUUUGCCCAUCACCGCAAAACACCUGUAGUCCGUUCAAAUAAUUCAGAACUCAGCUUCCUGCUGCUGCUGUCACUCAAACUGUGUUUCCUGUGUGUGCUGCUGUUUAUUGGCCGACCACAGUUGUGGACGUGUCAGUUAAGACAUGCUGUGUUUGGCAUUAGCUUUGUUUUGUGCGUCUCCAGCAUUCUGGUCAAGACUAUGGUGGUAAUAGCCGUGUUUAAGUCAUCUCGACCAGAGGGUAAAGGUGCUAUGAAAUGGUUUGGCUCAUCACAGCAAAGAUGCACAGUCUUGGUCUUAACUGCCCUUCAGGUGGUGAUAUGCGCAGUCUGGCUAUCAUCUGCAUCUCCCACACCCCAUAAAAACAGUCAGUAUAUCAGGUCUAAAAUAGUGUUUGAAUGUGCUAUAGGGUCAGUGGCUGGAUUUUCUAUGCUGCUGGGCUACAUUGGUUUUCUGGCAGCCUUGAGCUUCAUGUUAGCUUUUCUAGCAAGGAAUCUUCCAGAUAGUUUUAAUGAAGCAAAGUUCAUUACCUUCAGUAUGUUGAUCUUUUGUGCUGUAUGGAUUGCGUUUGUUCCAGCUUAUGUCAGCUCACCAGGGAAAUAUGCAGUGGCUGUGGAGAUUUUUGCCAUCCUGGCUUCCAGUUUUGGAUUACUGGUGGCCAUAUUUGUCCCGAAAUGCUACAUCAUCCUCUUACAUCCAGAGAGAAACACUAAAAAAGCCAUAAUGGGAAGAGGGAUAGAGAAGAAAUAGUUUUAUAUGCUUGCAGUAAAAAUAUCUUUAUGACAUUGUGUCUAUG